CAACCAUCCUUUUUUCCAGUCGUCUACGCCGUGAACACACAGCACAGUCUUUAAUGAAUGCGAACAGUGAGGACUCCCAGGUGACCCGCUGCUGCAGUGGAGUGAUAAUGAAAAGGGAGGAUACUUAUCCAAGCUACAGAUUCACCCAUUAAUAUUAUUCACUCAGUGUAGUGCUUGCCAACAAGCAAAGCAGGCUUACUGCGGCGUAGAGAGAAUGAAGAUGCACAACUUAACAUGUUGACUGUUUAAACCUGGAGAUGAGAGGCGAGCUUACACCUGCAUGGGACCGUGGGAACAUCACCGUUUGGGAGGAAUACUCUGACAUCGCCUUUGUAGUGGCAAACAGCUUGAUCCUGUUCAUCACUUCUGCCGUGGGGAUUGCAGCAAAUCUUUUUGUCAUACUGGCAGUUUAUCACCAGAAAUCACUGCAGAAUGUGAAUAAUGCACUGGUGGUGAAUCUAGCUGUCAUAGACUUUCUGAGGUGUGUAAUUGACUGCCCCAUUCUCUUAACCAUCGUCAUAAACGCGUAUCAAAGACGACACAUAGACGGGUUCAUCUGUGAUACACAGGUGGCCUCUUUCUCUUUCAGCUGCUGCAUCCAACUGUUGACACUGGCCUGUAUAAGUGCAGAGAGGUACCAGGCCAUUGCCCGACCCUUCACAACUAGUCAAAGACGAAGACGGAUUAUGGUACUGAUUCCUCUCACAUGGACCUUGGCUAUUCUGGUGGCUGUUUUUUGCGUGAUAUUGGUCAAGGACUCACCCAUGCAUGCAAGAUGCAAUGGAUUAUUGAGAGAAGCAGCAUCGUCCUAUGACACAUUUGGAAUUUACAUGUUGGUCCCACUUUGGGCAGCUUGCUUUAGUGUUAUCAUUGGAUUCUACGCUCGCAUAUUUAUCCUUGUGAGAUCACACAAUCGCAAAAUAUUUGACAAAGGUUCUUUGCCUGUUUCAAAGAAAGAAAAUACAGAAGAUGUGCAAAAGAAAGAAGAAACCACAGCAGUGGGAAAAGGACACGGAAAAUCUGAACAAAACGAGACCCCGAGCGAAGGUGUUGCGCAGGGGAAACUAGUGAUACAAGCCCAACACAAUGCCUCUAAGAAAGAUUCUACAGCUGCUCUACUGGCCUCAACAAAAGCUCCACAAACAGAACGACCUCGCCCUCCUGCAAUGCAGGUUGCAGUGCAGACUGAGGGGAAACCUUUUAAAACAGAGCAGCCCAAUCCCCGUGGCACGGAAUUGGAAGCAAAACCAUCAAAUGGAGAUGCUUCUGCUGGUGUUAAGAGAUCAACCACAAAGCCGCAGAAGGUGUCAAACAAUUUCGACACAGAAAAGCAGCCCAAAGAGAGAGUGAACAUUGACAAAGUGCCCUCUGAAAUGAAAGAAAGCAGACACCACGUUCACUCGUCUGCACAGUUAGAAAAUCCCGAAUCUGCUUCUGUUUUGCUGAUUGAACUAAAACAAGCUAAGAGCAGCGAUGGAGGAGAACCACCGACUGUUUCUACGGUAGAUCAAGCGUCUUCAUUCCCUCCCGUCUCGAGUAAUGUCCCUGAAACAGAAGCUAUGAAACAAAAUGUGGAGGUGGAAGGUGCUGUAUGCAUGAUGCCUUCCAAAUUAAGUAAAGAGAGAGCUAGCAAAAAGAAGGAAAGUAAAAUGGCGAAGCGUGCUGGCUACAUCAUUUUAACUUUCCUCUUAUUCUGGCUGCCAUUGAUCACAACUAUCCUGAUGAAUUUUGUUUUACACAGAAACAACGAUACACAGAUGACAAUCAUUCAGAACGUGGAGAUUCUGUCGGUCUCUGUCGCCUGCAUCACAUCACUGAGUGACCCGAUAAUAUACGCUGUAGUGAACCCUCAGUUUCGGACGGAGUUUUACAGACUCAAAAACAAUUUUGUGUCCGUAUUCAAUAAGAAAUGA